AUGCCAAUCGAAAGCAACGGACGAGGAAGGCUGUGUGAACCCUGCCAGAAAAUAUUCCGCGGCCAGCAGAUCCUGAGUGCCGACUCGACAGCAUCUGACGACCAGACCUCCCAAUUAAACUACCAGGCUCACCAUUCCAACUUGCAGUCCUUUCUCAAGGCCUCGGACUCGGGUUGCCCCGUCUGCUAUGAGUUCUGGUCUUCAAUAGGAGAAACCCGUCUAGAGAUAUUCUCAGGUUUGUCCACGCCGGAAGGGUUCUCGUACUGGGAAUUGGAACGUCGAGAGGGUGGUGGAUAUGACCUCACCCUUGCGCUUGAUGAUGAGUACGACGAGCUUAUCGAAGACCACUUGGAGUUGGACCUCGAAGUCCUUCCACCGCAUAAGACUAUCAGGCUGGUUUCUACGAAGGUCGAAAGGAAGGGGAUAAGUUGCUACGCAACACUGAGCCACUCUUGGGGUGAUGCAAACAUUCUUACGCUUCAGUGUUCAACGCUUGAUACGUUCCAGCAGAGUAUCUCGAUCGACCUACUCCCCAAAACCUUUGUAGAAGCAAUUACCGUCUGCCGCCGGUUCUCAAUACCUUAUUUGUGGAUUGAUUCGCUCUGCAUCAUUCAAGACUCUGUAGCCGACUGGCGAGCCGAAGCCGCGUCGAUGGAAGGCGUCUACAGUAACAGUAGGCUCAAUUUCAUGGCUACCGCUUCUCGAAACAGCCACGAGGGGCUCUUCCGAUCACGCGACCCGAGACACCUCGCACUCUGCAUCGUGGAAUCACAAUGGACUGACGCCGUGAACGACUUUUUCAGUAUAGUGCAAGACGAGAUGUGGCAAAUGGAGAUGACAAACGCACCUCUAAACCAGCGAGGCUGGGUCCUGCAGGAACGCAUUCUACCGCCACGCGCCCUCCACUAUGGUCAGUACCAGCUACUCUGGGAAUGUAGGGAGUUAGACGCAUGCGAGAAGUAUCCAACAGGUCUGCCAAAAUCCCUCCGCAAUAUCUUCACGGGAGUUAAGAUCACCGAUCCAGAGGCCUAUCAGAGUUACCACUACGGCUGGUAUCCCAGAGAGAGUGACAGUGUUGAUAGACGGGAACGUUCGAAGACAGUGAUAGACUACGCGUAUAUGCUAUGGAGUCGCUGGAUCUCCGCGUACAGCAGCAUGCGGUUCACUCGGUACUCGGACCGGCUCAUUGCCUUCAGUGGGCUCGCCAGUCGCAUGCGGGCCAUCCUGCAAGACGACUACCUCGCGGGGUUAUGGCGGUCAAGGUUCGUCGACGAACUUCUGUGGGUCACCUUCCAUAAUGAUUCGAUUGAGGGCGAGUUCAGGCCUUGUCGGCCGCCCGAUGGCGGUGCACCUAGCUGGUCAUGGGCAUCCGUCACCGGGAAAGUCACCGCUGGCAUGGCCGAUGAGCUUACCGGCAAGGUAUAUCAUCUGGAUCUUAAAGCGGUUAAUGUGACGCCGGUUUCUGGGAGAGAAAGAAACGACAACAAUGACAUGGGCGCUGUAUCGGACGAACAGGUUCGGAUAAAGGGAUUUCUCAAGCGAGGAACUCUACUCAAAAAUGUAUAUGACAUGCCAGAAGAAGAUUAUGAGGCUCCUGCGACGGUGUACGAUGUUGAGGUCGACGGGAUAAAAAAACCAUUUAUCGUCUUUGUCGACGAACCCAUGAUGAACCGGGCCACAAUGAAGAUUGUCGUCCUCUCUGUGCUUACGAAUUUGGAUGACUCGGACUCGGACUCGGAUCGGAAGAAAGAGCUGCUAUAUGCAUUGCUGCUUCGGAGGCCAGACGGAUUGCCUAGAGGGCUCUAUGCGAGGGUAGGCUAUGCGUCCGGAACAGAAGAGGAGUUCCCUGGCAGUCAGCUGUGUGAGUUUUUUCACCACCAGACUGUUACCUCCAUUCAAAGAAAUAGAGUAGGCGGUACGGGGUUUCGAAAUGCGCUGCGGAAGCUGGUUCUGGCAAAGGACCAAGGGGAUCAAGAGACUCAUGGCCAAAGCUGGGGGACGAGAAGCUGUAUCUUCCUGGUGCCUAUGGGGAGUUCAUCAUCGUUUGAAGGCCGUCUGAAUGAAGACCUUACAAGCUCAGACUUUGGUGUAGGCAGCAUGGAUGCUCGACCAAGAUUAUGGCAAGUAUUGCGUAUCUUGAAAGCUUUCUACAACCAAAACUUUCUAUUUUGCAAUUACAUGGGACCCUAA